AUGGGUUAUAUUUGUGAUCUAGUUCUAAAUUUUCUGCACAACUAUUUGCCUCUGAACACUAUAUUAUGUAUUCGUGCCAUUUUUGGCCAUUAUUACAGUUAUACCUCUAAUAAGUUAUACUUGACUACCCUAAAAAUAUAUUGCUGUGUUCUAUCCUUCAUUAUUCCAUUGAUAUUACAUUAUUUUGGAAACAUGAAAUUUGGUGCACUUUGGAUAUUACUUUUUGAGUAUUUCAUCAGUAUUUGGAUAACUCUUAUAGUAGAAAACGAUUGUUUUAUAAAAUAUCUUGCUUCUAUCAAACUUGCAGAUCGAACCCUCGAACUCCCUUCGAAUUUAGAAAGCUUCCGGCUAUACGUCAUCUUCUUUGUAAUGGCUCUUAUGAGAACUUGUAUCAGUCUUAUCGCUUUGGAACAUAUUUUUACUAGCCCUCUAGUAUAUUUGAUGUAUACCUUCAUUUAUAUCUCUAUGGAUUUCAGUCAACAUAUUAGAAUUUCUAUAUUUGACAUUUUGUAUGAAAGAAUGUUAAAACUUCGAAAUUAUUUUGAGGGUAUCUUUAUUCGGCCGCCUGGUGAUUACACAAAUAUGACAACUGAUUUAAAAAGAGGAUUAUUAGCUUAUAAGCAGCUUGUCGAUAGCGUUAAGCUUCUGGAUAAAUUACAAGCAACGUACUUAGUAGUCCUGGUGGUGCGUUUCUUAAACUGUAUCUUACGCCUUCAUGAAAUUAUUUUAUUACAAUCCGAUUCUGAGCGGAUCCAUUGGAGGGUUUAUGUAUACGAUACAAUAUCCGCAGGGGUGCUAGUUUCUGCUCCGGCUGUCUUAAUAGAAUUGAUCCACAUGGAAGUUGAUCAUAUUUCAUUGAUAUUGAGAAUCCAGUAUUCCAAAUGUAACGAUCUCAAUCUCCGAGCCGCAAUUUCAAAUGGCAUUCGUUUUCUAAAGCUGCGGCCGUUUAAGUUCUACAUCUGGCGCGUCAUACCGGUCGACAGCUCGCUGCCGAUCAAAUUCAUCGCUCUUCUAUUCACUUACAGUUUAAUAAUUUUACAGGUGAACAAAAUCCUUUAACCUCUAGCCGCCCAUACGUCAAACCUUGCCAAGCAAAAUGAAAUUUUAUUUUGUUAACACAAAGUUCAAAUUAGAAUGGAACAGGAGACCUUUUU